GGUGAGGGCGCACUUUAAACCGUCAAAUCUUUCUCUAACUAUCAAAGUUUAUUUAACUUUUAAAACUUAAUUUGCGAGAAUGGAUGGCGAAAAACCAGCUGUGAUGUGGCUACACCACAUCGGUGGAAGCCAUGGCCGAGCUGCAACGAUUCUUGAACGGUUCAUUGAUGCAACUACGGAUGUGCCCCGCUUGCAUUCCUUAGAGGGGUACUCGUCCUACGAAUUAAGCGACCACCUCGCUAACUUUAUACGCGUCCAGUCAUUACUAAAGGAAUAUUCCCCUGAUUCCCUGUAUUACUUCUGCUUAGGAAUACAGUGGUACCUUCAUGCGUGUGGUCGCGUCGGUAAUAUAUUUUUUCACGAUACUUUCAUGGAUUGCAGAAAAUUGUUGAACCAAUUCGCACUGAAAUUUAUUGGCUCCUAUUAUGAUGAUCCGAUAUACAUCUCCACCUGUGUUUCGGAGAAGUACUUGUGGGAAUCUGAUCACCUAAGUCCAAAGUGGCCACACACCUUAUUAUGGACGGUGGUGUAUUUGGUGAUGAAGUACUUUAAACUGUCGACAGUGGAAGAGCACAAAGCUCUAAAAAUGAAAAAUUUAUUUAAACGUGAGACACGUGAUCGAGUCAAGGGGAAACAAAGCUAUUUUUUCUAUUUUCUACAAGAAUCACGAGGGACACAGUAUUGCAAGCGACAACUGCUACCAGAUAAGAAUCCUUCACGAUGCCCUGUGGAAAUAAUGAAAAUAUACUUAUCCAAGUGUCCCCGAUUGCCAAAGAUGAGAGACUCAUGCCUGUACCUGAAGCCUAUUUCAAGAUGUGAUCUGGAGAGUCAGCCAUACUGGUUCACACAAGAGGAACUACCUGAUAAAGACCUGGCUGAAAUGCUUAAUAGAUUUAAAAUGGUAUCUGAAAUUACAGAGCUAUUUGUGAAAGAUCGCAUAACAUCAUUAAUUCCAUGGUAUUAGAACUCGUUCUUGUAUCUAUAGUUUGUUGAUUACAUCCCCGCAAAUAAAGUAUUUAUUUUG